AUAUGAGACAUUUGAUUUUGACUUUAUAUGAUAUCCACAAUGCAGUGCUUGCAAAUGUCUCAUAUAAAGAAAUACAUGUUUGUCAUAACACAAGUAACCUGAAAACUACCCUUACACGACCUGUCCUGGGUGCUGAACCAGUAUAAUCUUUCAGUUGUCAGCAAAUUUAAGUAAUCUUUAAACUUUCUAAUGACGAACACGUGGGGUACCCUAGGUUUUACAUACGAUUUACACAUAUUAACACACUUUUAUAAAUGAUGGAUUACGAAACUGAAUGUGUUCAUUCGGAUAAUAAAUUAGCACAUGCUAACAAUAAAAGAAAAAAUGUAUGUUCACUUCUCAUCGAAUUCUGUUUCAGUUGCGUAACUAUUAAAACUAGACCGGGCACAUUAGAAGUUAAUUAGAUUACUUAAUUAGAAGUUAAAGACACAUCAAAUUCUCGUAAUUCACAUUGUCUGAUUUUCUGACACACCUGCGCAUCUGACUUAUGUCAUAAAGUAAACUUGGAACCACCACUAUUUACCGGAAUAGCUCACUAAAAUGGUUACUGCCUAUUGUAGCCUCCGGUGUGGGUAUGGCGUAAUGCGGCGUUUUAUCGCAAUGGAAUUCAUUCACGAUUCCCACGUAAUGUUUCCAGAGAUUGCUUCAUACUUUGUCGAUUACCUGGUUUAGAAGCAUUGACGCCGUAUACAAUUUCAAACGAUAUAUAUAAUGUUUAUGGAGUGGUAAAUAUUUCUUAAAAAUUUGACUAUUAACUGGGUUCUCUGGAAAAAAAAUUACUGGAAUGAAAAUGAGAAUACGAGAGAAACGGAAAUGGUAGUUGCGCUCAGGUACACAGUCAAAGCAGGAAUCCCCGAGGAAGUGGGAAAUGAUUUACCAAAUUUGGGCAUUGACGUUGACCUGUUACUUUGCACGUGACAGACGAGACCAUUUUAUAAAAUUUAAUGGGGGGCACCAAAUUGUCAAUAUAGGGAUAAAUAUUAUUAUUUGAAAGCCAGUACAUUAUAAAACAUAAGAAGCUUUAUAAAUUAAUGUUUAAUGUAAGUGUUGAUUUAUUAUGAAAGCUGAAGUGUAAUCCAUGAACGAAUGUACAAAAUAUUAUUAUUUAUAUCCUCCGAAUUCGAUACAUUGGUUUUUGCCUUGUCGCGACAAAAGAGGUUUUCGCUCAUGAUUUAAGAGUUUCGUACUUGAGGUAUCCUGAAGUAACUUUUGACAUCGUACCAAAUUGUAUAGGUAACCAGUCUAGAGGGACUGUUUUGUCAAAGGCUAUUCUUUUAAAAAUAUGUACCAUCGCGACAUCAGAAGAAAUAGGGAUAGCCGGGACGAUAAUAGGACACUUGGAAAUGAAAUUUCCAAAGCGUUUGACGUGUGCACUGUAUCCUCAGUUCAGCAUAAGGCGACGCCAGGUGCUUGUUCAGGCGGCCUCGAGCCCAGCAUGACAUCAAACCGGAGUCCAUUCCUUCGCUGGAUGCCACAGCCCUCACAUCUGGGCCAAGCGGGCACGCCCUGGUCUCCCAGUGUACCGGUGCAGAAGUUAAUCAUGAACGAACCUGGGGCAUUUAGCAACGACAGGAAAAGACAACGUAAUGAACAACUGCUCACGGAGGAGAUGGAGAAGAAGAGAGUGCGUAGGGAGCGCAACAGAAUGGCGGCCGCCAGGUGUCGCAGCCGCCGGCAGGAACUAACGGAACAGCUGCAAAACGAGACUGAGCAGUUGGAGAAGGAGAAGUCUCAGCUGCAGGAAGCGAUCGCCGAGCUGGAGAAGCUGAAGGACCAGAUGGAGCUCAUCCUGUUGGCCCACCAACCCGUGUGCAAGAUGCGCCGUGCCGCUCCGGAGGCCCUCAAGCCGGUUUCCCUGGAGAACAUCAAGGCUGAGCCCGUCAGUUCUGGCCUGAGUGAUUGUAUGUCCAGUACAAGUGUCUCCCAGCCUGAAAAACCUAGAAGUAAAGUUUCCCCACUAGCCCUUCCUGCCGCCUGCACUUCCUCUUCUGCUCUGCUUCUGACCCCAAAGGCUGAGUCUCUCUAUACUCCUCUCUUCUUCUUUUCUCCUUCUCCAACACCGUUGUCACUGAGUAUGGUCUUCACCUACCCCACGUCCCCGCUGGAUUGCAAACUGCCAGCUCCCUCCCAACAGAGCCAAACGGCCUCCUCAUCCUCAGCCCCUCUUGGCAUGUCCUCCCAGACCUGCGGUGUCGCUCACCGCCGUGCCAGCAGCAGCGGGGACCAGUGGUCAGAUCACUCGCUCAACUCCCCCACCCUCCUUGGCUUGUGAAGACCCCGGAAGCUUCCGAACACAAUGAUGCAUAAGGGGGGGGGGCAAAGUUAGGAGAAUCCCAAAUGUCCUUAACUGAUAAGGGUCCUAAAAAAAUUCAGAACAUAAUUGGACUGGUUUGGACUGGGGGCCCAAAAUCACCAGCAUCUAGCUGAAUACUUUAUUCAGAAUUUCUUGCUAUAGAAAGUUACAUUUCCAUUAUAUUUAUUAUGUUAAAGUAACAAUAUUAAGUUAACUGAUAAUAUUUAUUGAAUCUGUAAUAAUGCACUGUUGUGCCUGAGUAAAAGUGGACUUACAAAGUUAUGGGUGACAAGAAUAUUUAAAAUAUUUAAACAACUGUACUGUGAACAUCAAAUCUUGCUAAUGCAGAUGUAUACUGUAUAUGUAAAUGCUUUUAAAUUAUUUAUUUUUAUAAGAGAAAUUAACAGUUUUCCUACUUUUAACAUUGAUAUGUAUUUAUGCAUAAAAACCUGUAAUUUACGUAACUUCGGAAUUCCUGCUCUGCUAUGCAAAUAUAAAGAAGGCAGGUGUAAACAGCAGGUCUUUUCUUUGAACAAUCAGCAAUAAAGAGCGAGAAAGUCAGA